CAAUAAAACAAACAUUUUCCACAUUAUUUUACUCCUGUAUAAAUAUUUCCUUUUUAGUAUAGAUGAAGGAGUAGAUCUCCUUUAUUGAAUCCUGAAUCCAGAUUUCCUUCUGUGAAUACAAAAUGUUGAACCCCCACAAGAAUUCGUAUCUACAGCUGGUUAGCGUCAUCAGCCCGCGAGUCAUCAACAAAGCCGUGGACAUGGCUAUGAAGAAGGAAAAUCUCACGCAGUAUACAGAUGGCGCACUACCUCUGGAAUCAGCGCAACCAUCUAUCUUCCCGGGCGAUGCUGAUCUGACGCGCAGCAAACUCGGCUACGGUAGGCUUGGGCUGACACUUCUGGUGCGGGAGCUACACUCGCCUGAUCAUGUGGAGCAGAUGCAGGCGAUUAAUACGCUGUUCGACCAGAUGCAAAUAUCAGAACACGCAAUGUUCUUCAUCAACAUGAAUGUUGUGUAUCGCCUGACAGACCUAAUGUCCCAUCCACAUCCUUCGAUCAGAGAAAAAGUCUGUUUGGUGCUCAAUUCUAUAGCCAACUAUCGCGAGGGCAGGCAGAAAAUUAUGCUGCGGCCGAAGAUCGUGGAAAACCUCCUUUUGAUGAUCUUAAAAGAUAAGAGAGAGCUUCGCUACGCAGCCGCUGUCACUUUAAACACUCUAUCGAGAGAUCGGUGCUGCAUAGAACCGUUAUUGAAAAACGAAAAUACAAUAGAAAAUCUGCUGAGAAGCGUAACAUACGACCACACGAUAAUACUCGAGACGCACUUGAAAACUCUGGAAAGUCUCAUAGGCUGGGACCAAGUCGCACCGUUAAAAUUCAACGCUUUUCAAAUUAUGCUCGAAUUGAUUAAAACAGACGAGCCAAAAAUAAUUUCUGGAGCGUUAGAUUGUAUGUCGCAACUCUGUAAACACGACGUAGGUAGAAAACUAGCGGACGAAUAUGAUAUGACGUAUACCCUGCUCUCCUACCUGAAAUCGGAGCAUAGCGAAGUCGUAAUCAGUGCGCUGGGUCUCAUGCAAUAUACGACAUUGACGACACGAUCGAAAUGGCGCGCGAAAGAAUUCUGUGGGACUAUAACGAAGGAACUAAUGACGUUUGCCGCAAGUCGAAAUCCAAUACUACAGCUGCGGUCUCUUCAAAUUCUGAUCAACCUAUGUGACAUACCAGACAUCCGGCUCCAUAUGAGGAAGCAUUGGGUUGUAAACGUUAAGAAUAUUCGAAUUCCCACCCCCGAGGAAUGGAAUGGGACAUCUCAAACUGACGAUCCCGGUUUAGACACGGGCCACUACUACCGAACUGUGUUCAUAGAUGGCGCUGAAACUAUCAGAAACGAUUCAGAUGAGAAAACUUUGAUUAACGUGCAUUCUUAUUUAAAUCAAUUAUGUUCUCUCAAAAAACGAUUAUUGGAAGGAAUAAAUUGGCAAGCACACAAGGAUUAACAAGCUAAAGAUUACACUGUAUUGUAAUCUUUAGCUUACGUUGAAGCAUGUAUGGAUCUUAAAUUACAACUAU